AUGUACAUUUUGUCCCAGUUCCCGAUGAAUGCACGAGUAAAUCUACCGGAGUUCGUGCAAGGAGCAGAGCGAGCAGCCCACACAGUGCUGCAAAGACUCUACACACAGGACGUGGAGGAGACCAAGAGAUUCCUAGAGCAGUUGGCGACACCAGAUAGCCUUACGGCUUUGCUACACAAACCGUCAGCUCCUAUAGUAGACGGGUCGAAGAAAGAUCGCGUGAUUUUGGAGCAGCUCAGCGUGAAUACGGCGGCACUGGACGCUGUGGCGUAUAUCUGGGAGAGAGUUGAUGAGGAAGUCAAUAGCGAGUGGCUUUCGAUGCGAGUGCAGUACGACGUCACGGAGCACUUGCUGGUAUCGCCGGAUGGUGGAGAAGGUAUUGAAGACAGGCGUGCCAUCAACACACAGUUUGCCUGGACCUUCGAGGCCGAUGUUACCAAGCCGGAAGAAGUGGAAUGGGCCAUUGUUAGAGCCACGCCGUUUGUUGAAAAACCGGCAGUGCUCACGACGGACGCUGCACAGAAGGAGGAAGACGAGAAGAAAUGA